CCGCAAAUCAUUGCGUACCUGAAACUUUAGUGAGUCGUUACUCGUUGGCCAUCGUCCCUUUUUUUUUUUGCUGCGAUGGAUACUGAUGUUGAAUCCUGUUUAAAAGAUUGGAACGACCUAGCACAAGAGUACAAGGAAUUAGAAGUAAGAUAAUUUUUUGUUAAUCCUGGGUACUGAUGUUGUCGGUGGUUUAAACGUUGGACCAUUUUCUAUGAGGCAUUGAACAAAGAAUAUCUUGCAAAAUUAGAGGAAGUAAGUGAACUUCAAGCAAAAUGUUUGAAAGGAAUUUCUCACCAAAAAUACCGGAUGAGUAUAAUAUCAAAAUCAUUGAAACAGUUACAUGCGAGCGAAGCACAAAAAAGUUUAAGCAAAGAGAUGGCUAAAAGAAAACAGCAGUUACAUGAAAUAGAACAAACAUUACCAAAACCAAAUGGCACAUAUCUUCAAAUUAUUUUAGGCAAUGUUAAUGUUUCCAUUUUAAACAAAAAUGAUAAGUUCAAAUAUAAAGAUGAAUAUGAAAAAUUUAAAUUAAUCCUUUCUGUAAUCGGUUUUAUUUUAUCUAUGUUAAAUUUGGUAACUAAUGUCAGAACUUUGGAACUUAGUUUUAUGUUCCUUUUAGUCUGGUAUUAUUGUACAUUGACAAUAAGGGAAAGUAUAUUAAAAGUAAAUGGUUCAAGAAUAAAAGGUUGGUGGAGAUUUCACCAUUUCUUUUCGACUGUAGUAUCUGGUCUGUUAUUAGUAUGGCCUAACACAGGGCCAUGGUAUGCAUUUAGACAACAAUUUAUGUGGUUCAAUGUUUACAUCAGUGUAGUACAGUCUCUGCAAUUUUGUUAUCAGCGGGGUGUUUUGUAUCGAUUGAAAGCAUUAGGUGAAAGGCAUAAUAUGGAUAUUACUAUUGAAGGUUUCCAUUCAUGGAUGUGGCGUGGAUUAUCGUUUUUAUUGCCAUUCCUUUUUGUUGGAUAUGUAUUUCAGUUAUACAAUGCAUAUGUCUUAUACACAUUAGUAUCCCAUCCAGAAGCUACUUGGCAUGUUCCAGUCCUUAGUGGUAUGUUCUUGGUAUUGUUCCUAGGUAAUACAAUAACAACUACCAUGGUAAUUCGUCAAAAACUAAGAGAACGCGUUAAAUAUCACUUUGCUGGAGUAUUUUUCUCCAAAACUGAACGAAAAAAGGAAGUAAAUGGGGAAAAGGAAGUGAAAGCUCAGAAAUGUGAGUGAAAUAAAAUUAACGAGAGCUUUUUAAUGAGACGAGUAUGAUAAAAAGAUUAAUGAAAUAUGGAAUGAAUAUUCAUGAAUAAAAAAAAUGCAAAUGUCAGGCAGAACUAUAAUAAAGAAAUGCAAAUAAAAUAAAUAUAUCGAUUAACUCUGACUAAAGAAUACCAACCAGAAGUAAAGAAAACACUGGAAAAUUCUUCCAUGGAUUGUCGUCUUUCUAUCACUCUCAUUAACACAAGACCCAUUUAAAAUAUAUGUACUAACUUGUAAUGUAGAAAUGAAUUAUUUGGAAGUAUUCUUUUUGUAUGCCUUUCUAUAUCAAGUUUACUUUUCUAGAUAUCAACAAAAUUACGCGUAUUUACUGUCAAUUUAAAAAAAAAAUUAAAGUAUAUUAAUAUACCCUUUUAAAACUAAUUUUAUGUAGCAAUUUAGUAAAAAAUUUGUUCACAUUCUACCUUCUAAAAAAAUGUUCUUUGAGGAUGUUAUAUUUUAUACUUACUAACAUUUAAAUUCAUAUUGAAAUUUAAAUUUAUUUCUCUCAGAAAUGAUGUAUAAACAAAUUUUGUUUGCGUCAAAACAUAAAUAUACCUUGUACGUGUACUCAGAGAAAAAGAAAAAUGGUCUCACACGUAAUGUUAUAUUCAUAUAGGAGUACAUAUGCGCCUAUAUGUGUGCGUGUUAUGUGUACUAUUAUGACAAUUUAAUUAGAAUAAUAUAUGUUCACGCACACACCCGUAUACUCAUGGGAUACUUAUGCUAGUUACAGCUAAUAGUCACUUAUAAUUAUCAUGCAUGACAUUUUGCACAUUUGUGUAAUAUAAACUUAUUUGUUUUGUUCUUAAUAUAUUUAUUAAAUUAUAUAUGUAAAUAAAAAUAUGUAACUCGCCUAAUAUUAAAUAAAAUAAUAAAUUUUCAAUCA